AAUGAAAGCUCAUGUGGACUCCCCCAGAAUCUGAAGACUGUACAGCCUUUGCAGAAUCUCAUUUUUAGUUCCUGUCAGAGCCAGGAGCAGUUGAGAAAGAAGGCUGGGCUCCUUGACAAGCCCCGCAGGCGCCAGCCAUCCUAACGCACAGAUGGACCCUGAUGUGGUGAACAUGUUUGUGAUUGCUGGUGGGACGCUGGCCAUCCCCAUCCUGGCAUUCGUAGCCUCCUUUCUCCUGUGGCCUUCAGCGUUGAUAAGAAUCUACUACUGGUACUGGCGGAGGACACUGGGUAUGCAGGUUCGCUAUGUGCACCACGAAGACUAUCAGUUCUGUUACUCCUUCCGGGGCAGGCCAGGACACAAGCCGUCCAUCCUCAUGCUCCAUGGCUUCUCCGCACACAAGGACAUGUGGCUCAGCGUGGUCAAGUUCCUUCCAAAGAACCUGCACUUGGUCUGUGUAGACAUGCCGGGACACGAGGGCACCACCCGUUCCUCCCUGGAUGACCUGUCCAUAGAUGGACAGGUCAAGAGGAUCCAUCAGUUUGUAGAAUGCCUUAAGCUGAACAAAAAACCCUUUCAUUUGGUGGGCACCUCCAUGGGUGGCAACGUGGCUGGAGUGUAUGCUGCCUACUACCCGUCGGAUGUCUCCAGCCUGAGUCUGGUGUGCCCCGCUGGCCUGCAGUAUUCAACUGACAAUCAGUUUGUACAGUGCCUCAAAGAGCUGCAGGAACAAGAAGCCAUUCAGAGGAUUCCCUUGAUCCCAUCUACCCCAGAAGAGAUGAGUGAAAUGCUCCAGCUCUGCUCGUACGUCCGCUUCAAGGUGCCCCAGCAGAUCCUGCAAGGCCUUGUCGAUGUCCGAAUCCCUCAUAACAAUUUCUACCGGAAGUUGUUUUUGGAAUUGGUCAGUGAGAAGUCCAGAUACUGUCUGCAUCAGAACAUGGACAAGAUCAAGGUCCCGACGCUGAUCAUCUGGGGGAAACAAGACCAGGUGCUUGAUGUUUCUGGGGCAGACAUAUUGGCCAAGUCAAUCAACAACUGCCAGGUGGAACUUCUGGAAAACUGUGGGCACUCAGUGGUGAUGGAGAGACCCAGGAAGACGGCCAAGCUCAUCGUUGACUUUUUAGCUUCUGUGCACCACACAGACGACAACAAGAAACUGGACUGAAGGGCGAACAGCAUCUGCUCCUGUCCCCAAAACCUGACGCGGCCGUCAACCACUCAGGGAUCCUGCCCCAGAUGCAGCGGUGUGCCAGCGUCCCUGAGAAGCCCAGUCCCCUAUUCCCAUUGUCCUUGGUUCCACAGAGCUUCAGAGUCCCCAGAAAAUCUCCAAGAUCUUUUUCUCAAAAUGGAAACUCACAUGGAACAAAAUGAGAAAACCCAGCCCUGAAAUCUCCUGAGAAAUCGUCAAGUUUAUGUCGCUGACAAGUUUGUGCUAAGUAGCCACCCUGAACCGUGAUCACCAAGGACAUUUUCUUUGUGACAUUCCCUGCACACUGAGAUGUGAGACAUUUUGUUGCUUCAGGCGUCUUCCCGUGCAUGGCCAGUGGCUUCUGUGGGAGCAUAGUGCUCAUUCGCUGCACCCCCCUUGCUUAGUGCUAGUAAGUUUUGCCCAGAAGCCCAUAUGUGAAUGCAGUCUGUCAGCCACAGGAUCAAGGAGGAAGGUGGCAAGUUGUGCGAGGCGUCCUACCCUUCCCGCUGGUAGGGACAUGUACACAGGUACACUGCUCUCAGGCAGCAGGAUGCUCAGGUGGGUGCCUUGGCACUCAGAGUCGAGUCAGCUGUGCUGUGAGUGAACCUAGAGGCGGAGUGGGGAGCAAUGGACAGGGCGGGUUUCCUAGGAAUCCCUUCUUAUGUUUUCAAAUAGGACCAGUGAAGCAAUAAUGUUCUAGACAGCUAUGUACAUAAUCAGAUUUGAGUCCACACUCAAGCGGCUCAUGGGCCUCUUUUCUAUUUUGCUGUGCUCCUGAAAACCCUUGGAUGUAACAUACUAGUUUGUUGAUGAAUUCUGUGAAUUCUGUGAAUAGUAAUGUGAUUGAAAAUAAGUCUGAACAUCUGUAAAAGUGACCACAAUGAUGUGAAAUAAGUUUUAAGAAGUCUAGAUCAGCAACUUUUAAAUGGUUCCUAUUUCGGAGCUCCUAAUUAAGUGCAAUGUUGGUAGACUUUCUGUUAACUUUAAAAUGUGUUUUUAAAAAUAAGGCUUUAGGGCUGGGGAUGUAACUCGAUGGCAGAGCACCCACCUAGCAUGUGCAAGGCCCUGGGUUCAGUUGUCAGCUUUGAAAAAUUAAAACUAAGAUGCGUUCCACGGGUUUUGGAAGCUUUUGGUUAGAUGCUUGAUUAGUUUCAUUUUAGUAAAUCAUGUUUGCAGCUGGGUGUGGUAGCUCACACCUAUAAUCCCAGCACUCUGGGUGGCUGGGGCAAGAGAAUCACAAGUUCUCAAAAAAAAAAACACACAAAAAAGAUUGAGAAUGCAGCUCAGUGGCUGAGGUUCAAACCCCAGUAUCCUCCCCCCAAAAAGGAAGUUGUGUCUGCAGCUUUUAUUCAAUUGAAAUAUAUCAAAUGCAGAAGUCAUCAAAGUACUGUAUUCCCUUCGACUCUUGCAUUUAGAAGCCUUAAACUUCCCAGGACCUUAAUUCUUUCAAAUCUUUUUACAGCCUGUAGCCAAGUAGUUCUGCAAAUAAAGAAAGAUCAACUUUAUAGUUUAAGUGGAAAUCCAAAAAGUGGGUUGAAUAUUUUAAUUUAUACGAAAAAAAUGUAAGUUUUUUUUUUUUUCAUACUGGGGAUCAAACUUGGGACCUUGCACUUGCAAGGCAGGCAGGGACCCCAAGGAACAGAUUUUUAAGAACAAGAAGAUAUGAAAAUGUGACAUCAAACUUGUGAGAGGCACCUAAAGCAGUGAUAUAUAUAUAUACACACACACACACACAUAUAUACAUAUAUACCAAUGUAUAUAUGUGUGUGUGUAUAUAUAUAUAUAUUCUGAAAAGCAAUAAAUUAAGCUUCUAUCUUAAGAAGCUAGAAGACAAAUAGUAAAGCCAGACAAAAAUGGAACAGAUGAAAACAAAAAUCAACAGAAUAGAAAAUAAAGUAGUAGAUGUUUUACUUGUAAUCUCCUAUAUUCACCAGCAAUUUGAACUUCAUGGGAGAGGGAGUCCGUUGUUCAUAGUGGGUGUGUGUGGGGGGAGAUGGCUUCCUUGGGCUCACUGGAAAAGCCCCAGAUCUGGGCUUAAUCUCUCAGAUCACCAGCCCUUCUGAGUGCAGGAAUUCUUAUGCUCAGUUACUCAUGGUGGAGUCAUAAAGGCAGGGGCAUGUGCUGCCCAGCACAGCCCGGAAGGACAGUGGGCAGGUUCUGCACGUGAUAUGGCUCGUACCCCUUCCAUUGUCACAGAAAACCUUGAUGUAAGUAAUAAGCAGAGAAUAUGAGAGUUGUUUCUGGCAAACCCAGGUAGGUCUUCAAGGUUCUCCCAUGCCCCUGAAAGUCCAGCCCCACCAUACUGAGGAGACCCUUACACCCAUUUCUUGCCUUCGUGACUAUAACUAGCCUACUGGUUACUGCUAGUUAGCUGGUCCCGUAUAAGACCCUGUUGUGUGUGCCUCUGAUGACAGUCCUGGAAAAAAGAAAGGGAUCAUUUAUCACAACCCGGAAAAAGUGCCAGAAACUUCUGAAAUAACAAUGCAAAACACCAAGAAGCACAGCUGGGCUCUUACUACUACUGCUUGGAGUUGGGAGCUUCUUGGCUGUUGCAGAUGAACCCUCCUGGGCAGGGGUUGAAGGAGCCAAGGGAAGGAUAGACAGUGGUAGGCAUUCAGUUUGCCACUAGCCCGAGCUGCUUGUCCAGAAUGGCGUGACACCAGGGGUGACUAAUGGAACAUGCACCAAUUUGAUAGCACAGCACUGCCUGUCUGUCUCUCCCAUUUGAGCUCUGGUGAUGGUUUUGCAUCCUAGGAAAACAUACCUGUUGCUUUGCCUAGAGGAAGUUCCCAGAAAAUACUGUUGAUUGGAGUGUCUGUCAGGCUGGGAGAGAGGACUACAUCUUAGAACUUUGUCUGUCUGCCUCUCCCGGGUGCACAUGGACACACCUCCUUACACAGCUGGAAGCCUGGCUCUUGGGAGCCAUCAACCUUCCUCUUCCAGUGUUGCCCCUUUUAACUACAGACUGGACUUUCUCAGCCAUUGGGAGUUGUUUUGGGGGAUAAGAAUAGUCCUAGAUGGGACAGCAGAGAUGUCUUCAAAGUACCUGUCAAGAUCCACACCACAGAGUAGCAGUGCUGGGGAUGCGGUCUGACACGGCUCUGUGGCUCAGUGUCACUGUUCGCUGGGCUGGUGACAACCAGGAGAGGCCCUGGGGUUUCCUGUGCCCACAGUGGGAACAAGCGUCUUGAGUGACUGUUGCUGGCCUAAUCUAGGACAGGGAGAGGACAUCUGGCUCGUUGGCUCUCCUUGCAGCAAGAUGGUGGCCCCUUUCCCUUGUCUCCUGGAGGAACCUUCCCUUCCCUUUAGGGUUUCUGAUGACGUUUGGUUCUAAAUCCUCAAGGCAGUGAGUUUAGGCCAUACUUUGGAGGCAGGAGCUCCAGUGGGGAUGAGGGAGUGCAGGAUUCUGACAAUUCCAGUGACCCAAGGGCAAGGCUGACUGUGGAGCAGAUGAUGGUCACUGGAGGACAAAGCCUAGAAAGGUCACUGUGGAGUCAGUGAUACAACCCCUCACCAAGACCCUCAGGGACAGAUGUAAUUCAAAUUCAGAAGGACUCUUAUUCAGAAAGGGAUCAUGGUGUUUACGUCCCUGGAACUCACUAUAUAGCCCAGGCUGGCCUCAAACUCGUGGCAGUCCUCCCACCUCGGGCUCCUGAGUGCUGGGAUUACAGGUGUGCACCAGCAUGCCUGGCAGCAUCCAUAUUUCUAAUGGGCAGCAUAAGCAUGUCUACAGUAAAUGGGCAAGAGCUGACUAAGCACUGGUGCCAGGUAAAGAGAUCCGAUUUCUGGGUUUUUCCUAGUCCCCCACUACCACCUUCACUGCAGCUAAGACAGGAGGCUAAAAAAGAUAGGAGGCUGCAUUCCAGGCUUUAGUUCUGCUUGGGUAUGGACAGGGCUCGGAGAGUUUUUUCUUCUAAGGAGGAAGAAUGAGAGGGGCCAGCAGGCGGGUGUACGCCAUAGCUCCCCCGUGUGCCCAUCAGGAGCUGGUCCUAAUAUUGUUACAAACAGCUGAGUUAGGUAGAAAUAUAGGCGGUCCAGGCUAAGUCCUCGAGAGACUCAGGACAGCGGUGAAACACACAACUGUGGCUGGAGACACAUCUGUUAGAGGCCAGGCCUCAAGACAAAGACAAGAUGACAAGACCUGUAAGCUUCCUCAAAGGACAAACACUGGGCUUAAUGAAUAAUGAAGCCUAGAUAGACAUCAGCCACCCGGUUGGGUGACCAGAGACCUCUGGACCCACCACUUCCUUGGAGAAUCUUUGUUCUUUCCAUCCAGGCUUGUUAGUGUCUUGUUUCCCAACUGGACCACCAUUACCUAAGUGGCUCUACUUGUAACCUUAUUGGUUGAUCAUGGCUGUGGCCCACGUCCCAUGUUGGUUUCACUCUAUAAAACUCUGUAAAGUGGGGUCCCCGGCUACCCACUCGGGUCCCCUUCUGCCUCUCAGGAGCUAUCCUAUCAAUAAAUAUCUUCCUGCUCUUUGA